AUGCAUUUCAGCAUUUUUAAGAAUGUUGGAGCUGUUUGGGGUCGAGCCUGGGAGGAAAAUGGCAAAGUACGAGCUCUGUGUAUCAACAGGCAUUCAGUUAAAAUUCUGGAUAAAGGUUUUCGGUUGCUGCUGUACAGAGGAACGCCGGAUACUAAUGGAUACAAAUUUGCAUGGGUUCGGGUGAAAGAUGUGGACCGUGGCACAAUAUUGUUUACGGGUCCGAAUAUGCAUGCGCCAGCAGUAUUCUCGGAGGACGGCCAAUUUGAGUAUCUCGGUGAUGCGGAUAUAUCGAGGUGGCAAAUGGAAUUCGUGAAGUAUGGCUCAGACGAACCGCAUACCGUUGCCAAUUACGGCGCAACGCGCUACUUCGACGAUGACGUUUAUGUACUCACCAAGCAGCGCUGUCACUGUCAGUGCUAG